AUGCUGUCCCGAUUCAGCGUGCUCAUUACCUCUCGUACAGAGAGAGAGGGUGAGAGCGCGAGCGCGCAGAGUUGUCCAGGAAAUUGAAACCGCUUCAUUCGAACUUCACCGUUUUUCUUCACUCAUCUCUGUUUAAAACUUUCCGUCCAGCCUCUCUCCGUCUCACUUCAAUGUUGACAGUCACUCGAAAGUUUGACAGACUUAACAGCUGGUGACCAGCGCGGCGCAACGGGCACAGAGAUCAGAGCAGAAGGAAAAGCACGCGACACUUGACCCCCCUCCCUCAGACCGCCGGACCGAAGGGCACAAACCGCCACCUGCUUCCCCUGCAGCUGUCUGUGAGGUCAUUGAGCUGAUUGCUCUGGUGGGAUUUCUUCAGCGUGGCCUGUGCUGUUGAUCCUCAUCUGUUUUCCCCUCUCUUCUCAUCUGUUCAGGGAACAAGGCGGAACAUUAAAUCAUAAAUAACUUGACUGACUGAGUCUGGGGGUGGGAGACCGAACGAACUGGCAGUGUAUGCGGUUUGUCUGGAGAAGAAAUCUUCUCAUCUCUGUCAGGUGCCACGAGGUGAGAUCGGUGUGAGCGAACGCCCCGACACGGUCAAGGGUUGGGGUCAGAGAUCGUGGGCAUGGCGACUCGAGGGCUGGUGGUCCGGCUCUUGGUGCUGCUGGGCGUGCUGGCCGUGGCUCAUGCUUCUGUCUUCCUGUCCAAUCAGAGGCAGAAGCCUCGAUUUCAGCGUGACCGUCGUAACAUUCGCCCCAACAUCAUCCUCAUCCUCACUGAUGACCAAGAUAUUGAACUGGGCUCUAUGCAGGUCAUGAAUAAGACUCGGCGGAUCAUGGAGCAGGGUGGGACCCACUUCUCCAACGCUUUCGUCACCACGCCCAUGUGCUGUCCGUCACGCUCCUCCAUGCUGACGGGAAAGUACGCCCAUAACCACAACACCUACACCAACAACGAGAACUGCUCCUCACCCUCCUGGCAAGCCCAACAUGAGCCGCGGACCUUUGGAGUUUAUCUGAACAACACCGGCUACAGGACAGGAUUCUUCGGGAAGUAUCUGAAUGAGUAUAAUGGUACUUACAUUCCUCCGGGCUGGAAGGAGUGGGUCGCCAUGGUGAAGAACUCCCGCUUUUACAACUACACCCUGUGCAGGAACGGUGUCCGAGAGAAACACGGGUUUGAGUACUCGAAGGACUACCUGACAGAUCUCAUAACCAAUGACAGCAUCAGUUACUUUCGUAUGUCCAAGAAGAUCUUCCCUCACAGACCCGUGAUGAUGGUCAUAAGCCACGCUGCCCCUCAUGGCCCGGAGGACGCGGCCCCUCAGUACACCACUGCAUUCCCCAACGCAUCACAACACAUAACGCCCAGUUAUAACUACGCCCCUAAUCCAGACAAACACUGGAUUAUGCGCUACACCGGCUCCAUGAAGCCCAUUCACAUGGAGUUCACCAACAUGCUACAGAGGAAGAGACUGCAGACGCUGCUGUCUGUGGAUGACAGUGUGGAGAAGAUUUAUAACAUGCUGGUGGACACUGGAGAGCUGGACAACACGUUUGUAAUCUACACUGCUGAUCACGGAUAUCACAUUGGUCAGUUUGGAUUGGUCAAGGGGAAGUCAAUGCCUUAUGAGUUUGACAUCAGAGUGCCCUUUUACAUCCGUGGCCCGAACGUGGAGGCAGGAGGCAUCAACCCCCACAUUGUCUUGAACAUCGACUUGGCCCCCACCAUCUUGGACAUUGCUGGGAUAGAUGUUCCAUCAGACAUGGACGGCAAGUCAAUCCUCAAACUCCUGGACACUGACCGUGUUAUGAAUAGGUUCCAGUUCAACAAGAAGGGAAAAGUGUGGAGAGACUCGUUCCUGGUGGAGAGAGGAAAACUGCUGCAUAAAGUGUUGGAUGAAGGGAAAGAUAUGGCCCAGGAGGAAAACUACCUGCCCAAAUACCAGCGUGUUAAAGACUUGUGUCAGCAUGCAGAGUACCAGACGCCAUGUGAACAAAUUGGUCAGAAGUGGCAGUGUGUGGAAGAUGCCACAGGGAAGAUGAGAUUAUCUAAAUGUAAAGGCAUGGCCAGCCUUUCUUCUGUGAGGAAACCUCCUGUAUCCAACAUGAAAUCCCAGAUGUACCAGCAGAGUAUGAAUUCUGACGUCAGCGUGAACUCUGACCCUCAAGACUGCAACUGCGAACCCAAAGCCUACAGACUGAGCACGUACUCCAAAAUCAAACUUUUCUCCAAAAAGACAGAACUGAAGUCAUUAAAGAGCUACUCCAGGAAUCGCUUUGCUCGGGCUGUUUCCAUGGAGAUGGAGGGAGAUCUGUACGCAGUGGACCUGGAUGAUGAAUACAGACCCACGGGCCGCAGGAACUACAGCAUAGGACAGAACACCGCGAAUGAGGGAGAGUUUAGUGGGAUGGGACCCGCAGUCAGCCAGACCAGUAACAGUCUGACUUUACCUUCAUCUAUUAAAGUCACUCACAGGUGUCACAUUUUGGCAAAUGAGACGGUGAAAUGUGAUGUCGGUCUGUACAAAUCACUGCAAGCGUGGAAGGAUCACAAGCUCCAUAUUGACCAUGAAAUCGAAACACUCCAGACGAAGAUUAAGAACCUGCGUGAGGUCAGAGGUCACCUGAAAAAGGCACGACCUGAGGACUGUGACUGCAGCAAAUACAUUUACAAGUCCAAAUACAAGAGUAAACUGAGAAAAUACAAAACAGGAAAUGUCCAUCCAUUCAGGAAAGGGUUGGAGAAAGAUAAGAAGACCUGGAUAUUGAUGGAGCAAAAGCGCAGGAAGAAACUAAGAAAGCUGCUGAAGCGUCUGCGCAACAAUGACACCUGCAGCAUGCCUGGCCUCACCUGCUUCACACAUGACAACCAGCACUGGCAGACUGCCCCCUUCUGGACAUUGGGCCCGUUUUGUGCAUGCACCAGUGCCAAUAACAACACUUACUGGUGCAUGAGGACAAUAAAUGAGACGCACAACUUCCUGUUCUGUGAAUUUGCCACUGGAUUUCUGGAAUACUUUGACCUCAAUACAGAUCCAUAUCAGUUGAUCAAUGCAGUGAACACACUGGAUCGGUAUGUUCUGAAUCAGCUGCACGUUCAGCUCAUGGAGCUCAGAGGCUGUAAGGGGCACAAGCAGUGUAACCCCCGCACACGCAGCUUUGACGUCGAGGGCAAAUUUGGGAAGGCUGGGAAGGAUAAUUCGCAAAAGGAGGAAGUCCCGGAAGACACCGACCUGUUUCCCGGGGAGUCGAACUGGUCAGAACUUGAACCCUUGUACAGACUCGAUGAGCACGCCUACGAUCUCAAACUCAACUUCACACUCAGUCUGGAGGACUGGGCUCAUUUCAGCCGCUCUGUGGACCACAUGUUCACGCUCCUCAGCAACGACAACCAGCCCUACUCUCCGCCCCGCCCGGAGGAUGGAGAAACGGGACGAGGCCACGCCCUAGUGUCCUCCUCCAGCCAAUCCGCUUCAGCCAUCUACCUGACCACCCUGGCCACACCCGCUCUUUUAUUGAAGGAAGCAGGCGCUGAGGUUUUGAGAGACGCUUUGGGGUUAGACCGGGGGGGACGUCCCUCCUCUUUUUCACGUCGCCCGCCACCUGUUGGGUCAGAGGCGGGCAAUGCGAACUGGGACGCUCCUCCUGAGCUCCUCAGUGAGAGCGACGGGAGGGAGGAGGAAGAGGAGGAGUUUGUGAAGAGACGGACAGGGAGGUUAAGCUCCGCCCACUGUGACUGCAAUGAUGUUUUGCAGGAGACUGUUUGACUCUGAUUUCAUGUUCCUCUCCCUCCCUCCCUCCCUCCCUCCCUCCCUCCCUCCUCAGAAGAGACAUCUAAAUUAUUCAAAUGUAAGGUUUAAUGGCAGCCGACUUUGUUUUCCUCUCGUGUAUGUUCCCUCGCUCCGUUUCCUUUGUUAACCGGCCUUAGAAGAGCGGCAUCAUUCUGCAACAUUCCCAGCUACAGCCAGUCCGUUUUCUCAAAUCGUCUGUGAGAUCCGCUAGGCUUUGAACAGAGCACAUCCUUUUCUCUUUUAACGUAGAAAGAAUCCACUCACUUUUUAUUCUUUUAGAUUUGUUUUGUUCCGAAGGGAUUUGGGAAGGGGUGGGGGUUACGAUUCAUACUAGUAAAAGUUUGCCAAAUCACACGGAAUGAGUUACUUGAUUCGGUUUGAAAUCUGUUUUGCACCAUGAUUCUUGAUGGCUGCUUCUUGCUUGGUGUCUCUUGAAGGUAUCUCCCUUUGUGGGACGUUGUCUUCUACAGCCUUACAACUUUACAGAACAACACCUCAAAAUAGGUCAAUGGAGUGUGUGUAUGUGUGUGUGUGCGUGCACUAAAUGGGUUCCUUGUCUUUUGAAGUCAAAGGUGAACAAAUAUUGCUCUCACAUCAGGGUGAUAAAAUAGAGUUUUCUGAUUUCAUGUGUCACUCAUGAUGUAUGUUAAAUCAUUACUAGUUCACAUUUGGAUAUCGGCUCUUUUUAUUUUGAAAGUAAAAUGUUCAUUUUGUGUCUUUGCUUGAUGUGAAUGAAUGAAAAAAGUGAAUAAGGAUCAUUUCUUAAAACAGUCAUUCGGUUCUUCAAUGUAUUUGACUGAUAAUUUGUUAUUUCCAGCACACAGACAGAUGAAUAUCUGAUGUAAUGAACAUGCGUCCAUGUUUGUAACCCUAGCUUGUUCUUGAAACAUUUGGUUAUACACAGUGCUACUAAUAUCAGAGCAACUAUAUGACAUUGAUGUAUGUAUUUUAAUGUGUGUUUGCGAAUUAUGUAAAUGGUUAAAAAUAUUUUUUAUUAUACAUUUCAAAAACUCAACUGACCGCCAGGCAUCACUCAUCCAGCAGGUUUUAUUAUUUAUGCAGUAUAUUUUUUAACAAGCCUUUAAUACACAUAUUGAGUCUUUAUGGUGAUGUAGUUAUGAAAUUAUUUAUCCAAUAAUUCAAAUUAUCCAUCCAAGGAUAAUUUAUCCUUCAUCAAAUCAGACCCGACUGGCUUCUAGAUGACUGUGACUGAGAUGAUGACGUGCUAGAGGGUAUCUGAUGAUAGAUCAGCUAACUUACUCUGGGAUAUUUCAUCAGUACAGAUCAUUGUGUUCAUGGACAUUAUUCAUUUAUCGGGGGUGAAAUGGAGACAAUGGCAAAGUUAGCCGCAUUCUUCGUCUAGGUGCACCUUGUACAAUGUAUGGAUAUAAAAUUUGCACCCAAAGUUCUGUUAUCUCCAUUUCUGUCGUCUUAGUUCAUGUUAAUACACCACCAUCAAGGUUCAUGAGUGUACUUAAUGCAGUUUUGUCUGAGAUUGUGUAAUAACUUUAAAGUACUUUGUAGGUAAAGUCAGAGGGUAGGAGACCGCUCGGAUAAAGAGACAGAGAGAGAACUGUUCCCAUGGUGCUUUCACGGGAAAGUCUGUUAUUGAAAUAGGAUUUUAAAAGAGAUGAGACAGUUUUAACAUAAAAUCUUGUACAGUUCUAUAGAUUUAUCAUACCUAUAUUUUUGUUUCGGUUUACCAGUGAACAUUUGAUAGUGCUCAUUACUUUGUGAAUAAAGUGUUGAAUGCCUAAA